GGCCUAUCCCUCUUCCAGCCGCUCCCCUAUCCCGGGAUAACACCACCAGUCCCGAUCCUGGCACCGACACCUUCACCAGCGACCGCACAACCCGCAGACUUCAAACCAUGGAUGCUCUCAGUGCAGCCAGCAGUACCUUUGCCUUAAACCUUUUGAAAACUCUAGGGGAGAAAGACCCCCUGCAAAAUGUGAUUUAUUCUCCCAUGAGUAUCACUUCUGCCCUGGCCAUGCUCCUCAUGGGAGCAAAAGGAGAUACCGCAGCUCAGCUGGCACAGGUGCUUGCAUUAAACCAAGAUGGAGAGUUUCACCGGGAUUUUCAGUCUCUUCUCACUGAAAUUAACAAAUCGGGCACGCAGUACGUGCUUAAAACUGCCAACAGACUCUUUGGAGAAAAGAACUAUGAUUUCCUUUCUUCUUUCAAAGAAGACUGUCUCAAGUUUUAUAAUGCAGAACUUGAACAGGUUAACUUUGCUCAAGCAUCUGAGGAAUCCAGAGAACACAUAAAUGCCUGGGUAGAAGGCAAGACUGAAGGAAAAAUUUCAGAGCUGUUAUCUGCAGGAUCCAUUGACCCACUGACCAGACUGGUUCUUGUGAAUGCCCUCUACUUCAAAGGAAAGUGGGACAAAGAGUUUAAUAAAGAGCACACCCAUGAGAGGUCCUUUAAAAUCAGUAAGACUAAGGAAAAACCAGUUCAAAUGAUGUACAAGAAAGCUACCUUUAAAAUUACCUUCAUUGGAAAUUUGUCCACCCAAAUCCUGGAACUCCCUUAUGUUGCCGAGGAGCUCAGUAUGCUUAUUAUGCUUCCAAACGAGGACACAGACCUCAGCACGGUGGAGAAGGAACUUUCCUAUGAGAAGUUUGUGGAUUGGACCAACCCGGACAUGAUGGACAGUACCGAGGUGGAGGUUUCCCUUCCCAGGUUCAAACUGCAAGAGAACUACGACUUGAAGUCCGUCCUUAGCCGUUUGGGCAUGAGCGAUGCCUUUGAAGAAGGCAGGGCCAACUUCACCGGCAUGUCCAGCAGAGGAGAUCUGGCCCUGUCCACAGUCGUGCACCAGUCCUUUGUGGAGGUCAAUGAGGAAGGCACCGAGGCAGCAGCUGCCACUGGAGCCGUCAUGAUGAUGCGAUGUGCAAGGAGGUCACCCAGAUUCAUCGCUGACCAUCCUUUCCUUUUCUUCAUCAGGCACAAUGAAACAAACAGCAUCCUAUUCUGCGGCAGGGUCUGUUCCCCAUAA